AUGGCGGGUUCUAAAACUGUGCUUGGUAGAAAGAGCAAAAGAAAUGACACAAAACGUGUACAGAAACACAAGAAACGGGGGAGUCCCAAGACCAUCCCGCUCUCCGAGCGAAAGAGGAAUAAACUGCAAGUCGAGAAACUGAACAGGCCAACUAAUGGCAUGAUAGAGGGGAAUGCUGUUGAUAUACGUAACGAGAUAGAUAAGCACAAUCAAGAGGUAGAGGGCCAAAACCGUACCGUUCACCGAUCGUUGGAUGUCGAGAAGUUAGCACAAGAUAAAUCUAAGGACCGAAUAAUUCAAGAACAGGUUGCCAAAAAGCAAAAAGAAACUGAUCAAAGCAUGCUAGCCCAGAUUGAAAUGAUCUCCGGUUUCUCCUUGUGA